AUGCAGCUGGAAUAUGGCAGAUCUCACGCUCGUCUGCGCCCUCGUCUUUCGUCUUUGUCUUCGUCCGCUUCGUCCGCUUCGUUUUCUGUCUCGUCUUUAUCGUCGCCACUAAAGAAGUUGAAGAAAGUCGAAGUCGAAGGUCGAGGUCACGUGAAAGAUGCCGUCAUCUUGGCGCUUUUCGUCUUCUCGAGCUCAACUUCAACUUCACAGCUCAAUUAUAUCAAUAUAAUACUCAGAGAAACGGUUAAAGAGAAAGAGAUGAGUGCAGCAAGCAUUCUACCCCGACGGGCCAUUGGCCAAUCCAUAUGCAGCAGAUGUCGCGCUCAGUCAGCGUUCCUAUCACGAUCUCAAAUUCGAUACAGCUCGACCACACACAACGAUAGCUCAAGGAGUGAUAAUGGCAAUGGGAAUGCGAAGGGCAAGGAGAUGGUGCUGACACCCUCUCAGAGAGCCUACCUGAGCAGUGCCCUCCGCGUCAACCAUGCCGGCGAGCUGGCUGCAACCCUCAUCUACGCCGCCCAGAGCCCCCCCGUCGUUCGCUCCCAUCCUCACCUCCGCCCGCUCAUGAAACACAUGUAUGACCAGGAGGCCGGUCACUUCUCCAUCUUCAACGAUAUGCUGGCCACCCACCGCGUGCGGCCUACAGCCAUGUACCCCGUCUGGCAGGCGGCAGCCACUUUCCUAGGCUGGUCGACGGGCGUGAUGGGCCGGGAGGCAGCCAUGGCGUGCACAGAGGCCGUCGAGACAGAGAUCGGAACACACUACAACGACCAGAUACGUGUGAUUGUAGGGUGGAUGGAGGAUGCAGAGGCCAGGGGGGAAGUGGUGCCCUCUGAGCUACAGCAGUUGGUGAAGACGCUAAAGAGAAUCAGAGACGAAGAGCUGGAGCACCUCGACCACGCCGUGGAGAAUGAUGCAAAGGAAGCCAAGCCGUAUGAGCCAUUGAUAGGGGUGGUCAGGCUGGGUUGUCGUGCGGCCAUACAGAUCACCCAGCGGAUAUAA